CCUGAAGAUACUACUGGCAUCGAGCGAAUUAUGCUUGCUGCCCAAGGUGACCUGCAACGACUUCUCAGCUCAUUUUUUGCGCGUCCUAUCUCGGUGGAGCGCGUCUAUGCUAAUACCAGCCCUCGACUGGUCCCCGCUUCACCGUCCGACCCCAUCACACAGCACCGACAAGUGCAGCUGAAGUGUGCCUCCCGCAUAGUCUGCAUCGCCACAUCUUCUGUCGUCAUUACGUCUCCCGAAUGCGAACGACUCUUUCUGGAGGAAAAGUUUGCAAUCGGCCAGCUCUUCAGACAGCUCCGCGUCACGCCCAAAUUUACUCUGCUCAACGUCGAGACGCGUAUCGUUAAAGGAAGACGCGAGCUCGAGAGGACAUACAUGCUCGAGACCAACGGCAUCUCCUGCAAGAUCACGGAGGUAUUCCCGGACAGGGAUAUGUUCGUUCUGGGAAGAGCAUGGCUGGACGAC